CUGCAGGUGGCGGACAUGCACUACGCGGACGGGCGCAGCACCCCGUGCGAGGACGUCCUCCCGGCGCAGCAGCGCGGCUGCUCCGACCUCAACACCACCGCCUUCCUCUACCGCGUCCUCCGCGCCGAGAAACCCGACCUCGUCGUCUUCACUGGUGACAACAUCUAUAGCCCGGACUCAACCGAUGCGGCCAAGUCUAUGGAUGCGGCGAUUGCUCCUGCAAUUGCCAUGAGACUGCCCUGGGCUGCUGUGAUGGGUAACCAUGACCAGGAGGGCACCCUGUCGCGUGAGGGCGUGAUGCGACACCUUGUAGGCAUGAAUAACACCCUUUCACGUUUCAAUCCAGAAGGGGUAGAGAUCGACGGCUACGGAAAUUAUAACCUGGUAGUUGGCGGGGUUGAAGGAACGCCGAUGGCUAACAAAUCAGUGCUCAACCUGUAUUUCCUUGACAGUGGCGAUUAUUCUACUGUGCCGUCAAUCCCUGGUUACGGUUGGAUCAAGACUUCACAACAAGCUUGGUUCAAGCAAACCUCUGCGAGUCUCCAGGCAAAUUAUACGAAUGAACAACCCAAACAGAAGGAGCCAGCACCUGCUCUUGCAUACUUUCACAUACCAUUGCCAGAGUUCGGAAGCUUCACAGCGUCCAAUAGGACAGGAGUACAACGGGAUCCUAUCAGCUCAGCAUCAGUCAACUCCGGCUUCUUUACCAGCAUGGUGGAAGCUGGAGACGUGAAGGCGGCCUUUGUAGGACACGAUCACUUGAACGACUUCUGCGGGAACCUCACCGGCAUUCAACUGUGCUACGCUGGUGGGUUCGGUUACCAUGCGUACGGGAUGGCCGGGUGGUCAAGGAGAGCAAGGGUGGUAUCUGUGCAACUUGGCAAGACACAAGACGGCGACUGGCAAGGGGUGCAGUCUAUCAAGACAUGGAAGAGGCUUGAUGAUCGGGGUCUCACCACAAUUGAAACCGAGGUCCUAUGGAAAAGAGGCUCUGCUUAAUGGGAGUCGCAAGAAGAAUCGUGAUGGAAGCUGAGUUCAGGAUGGGAAUCUACCUCUACACAUAACACAACAUGUACACUGUUGGUACUCAGCUAUCAUAUGAAACUUGUAACUAUGUAAACGAACACACAGAUAGUAUACACAGGUUUUCACCGGUGUAAUUGUUCUCAUUAGGCUAA